GCGGCUGCCGCUGCUCGCUCUCCUCCUCCCGCCUCUCCGCUGCGCCCACGCCCGGCUCGGCGCUGGUCCUGAGGAAAUUUGAACAUAACUUUGAAAGAAGACUUCUUUCUCAAUAUUUGAACUAUAUAUAUAACAAGGCCGUCAGAAUGUCAGGGGCCUCAGUGAAAGUGGCUGUUCGGGUCAGGCCCUUCAAUUCCCGGGAGACCAGCAAAGAAUCCAAAUGUAUCAUUCAGAUGCAAGGCAACUCAACCAGUAUUGUCAACCCAAAGAAUCCAAAGGAAGCUCCAAAGUCCUUUAGCUUUGACUAUUCCUACUGGUCUCACACCUCGCCUGAAGAUCCCUGUUUUGCAUCUCAGAACCGGGUAUACAAUGACAUUGGAAAAGAAAUGCUCUUACAUGCCUUUGAAGGCUACAACGUUUGUAUUUUUGCCUAUGGACAGACAGGUGCUGGAAAAUCCUAUACAAUGAUGGGCAAACAGGAAGAAAGUCAGGCAGGCAUCAUUCCACAGUUAUGUGAGGAACUGUUUGAGAAAAUCAAUGAUAACAGUAAUGAAGAAAUGUCUUACUCUGUGGAGGUGAGUUACAUGGAAAUUUACUGUGAGAGGGUGCGGGAUUUGCUGAAUCCAAAAAACAAGGGUAAUUUGAGAGUCCGAGAGCAUCCUCUUCUUGGACCCUAUGUAGAAGACUUAUCUAAGCUGGCAGUUACUUCUUAUACAGAUAUUGCAGACCUCAUGGAUGCUGGGAACAAAGCCAGGACAGUGGCAGCUACCAACAUGAAUGAGACCAGUAGCCGUUCCCAUGCUGUAUUCACCAUUGUUUUUACACAGAAGAAACAUGAUUCUGAAACAAACCUCUCAACAGAGAAGGUUAGUAAGAUCAGUUUGGUGGAUUUGGCUGGAAGUGAAAGAGCUGACUCAACUGGUGCCAAAGGGACUCGAUUAAAGGAAGGAGCAAAUAUCAACAAAUCUCUUACAACUCUAGGCAAAGUCAUUUCAGCUUUGGCAGAAGUGAGUAAAAAGAAGAAAAAAACAGAUUUUAUUCCAUACAGAGAUUCUGUUCUGACUUGGCUCCUUCGAGAGAAUCUAGGUGGGAACUCUCGAACUGCAAUGGUUGCUGCUCUUAGCCCAGCAGAUAUCAACUAUGAUGAAACUCUGAGCACUUUAAGAUACGCAGAUCGUGCGAAACAAAUUAAAUGCAAUGCUGUUAUCAAUGAGGAUCCCAAUGCCAAGUUAGUUCGUGAACUGAAGGAGGAGGUCACAAGACUGAAAGACCUUCUGCGUGCUCAGGGACUGGGAGAUAUCAUUGAUAUUGAUCCAUUGGUCGAUGAUUACUCUGGAAGUGGAGUCAAAUAUCUGAAAGAUUUUCAGAACAAUAAGCAUAGGUACUUGCUAGCCUCUGAGAAUCAACGCCCUGGCAAUUUUUCCACAGCAUCCAUGGGGUCUCUUACAACAUCUCCAUCUUCCUGCUCACUCAGUAGUCAGGUGGGCUUAACAUCUGUGACCAGUAUUCAGGAGAGGAUCAUGUCUACUCCUGGAGGAGAAGAGGCCAUUGAACGUCUUAAGGAAUCUGAGAAGAUCAUUGCUGAACUGAAUGAAACAUGGGAAGAGAAGCUACGUAAAACAGAAGCCAUCAGAAUGGAGAGAGAGGCCUUAUUAGCUGAAAUGGGAGUUGCCAUUCGGGAAGAUGGAGGAACUCUGGGUGUCUUUUCACCAAAAAAGACACCACAUCUUGUUAACCUCAAUGAAGAUCCGCUCAUGUCUGAAUGCUUGCUUUACUACAUCAAAGAUGGGAUUACACGGGUUGGCCAAGCAGAUGCUGAACGGCGCCAAGACAUAGUGCUUAGUGGGGCUCACAUUAAAGAGGAGCACUGUAUCUUUCGGAGUGAGAGAAAUCAGAAUGGGGAAGUUAUUGUAACUUUAGAACCUUGUGAGCGCUCUGAAACUUAUGUGAAUGGCAAGAGGGUUGUACAGCAUGUACAGCUACGCUCAGGAAAUCGCAUCAUCAUGGGUAAAAAUCACGUUUUUCGUUUCAACCAUCCGGAGCAAGCACGGGCUGAGCGCGAAAAGACACCAUCAGCUGAGACACCUUCUGAACCAGUUGACUGGACAUUUGCCCAGAGAGAGCUUCUAGAGAAACAAGGCAUUGAUAUGAAACAGGAGAUGGAAAAAAGGCUCCAGGAAAUGGAAAUUUUGUAUAAGAAAGAGAAAGAGGAAGCUGACCUCUUACUGGAGCAGCAGAGACUGGAUUAUGAAAGUAAAUUGCAGGCGCUACAGAAGCAGGUUGAGACCCGUUCACUUACUGCUGAAACCACUGAGGAGGAAGAGGAAGAGGAAGAAGUCCCUUGGACACAACAUGAAUUUGAACUGGCACAGUGGGCAUUUCGGAAAUGGAAAUUUCACCAGUUUACCUCCUUAAGAGAUCUGCUCUGGGGAAAUGCAGUUUACCUGAAGGAAGCCAAUGCUAUCAGCGUAGAGUUGAAGAAGAAGGUACAGUUCCAGUUUGUUCUGCUGACUGAUACACUCUACUCCCCUUUGCCACCUGAGCUGCUGCCCCCUGAGAUGGAGAAAACUCAGGAUGAUAGACCUUUCCCUCGUACAGUUGUGGCUGUGGAAGUGCAGGAUCUGAAAAAUGGAGCAACACAUUAUUGGUCUUUGGAAAAACUCAAACAAAGGCUGGAACUGAUGCGAGAGAUGUAUGACAGAGCUGGAGAAAUGGCUUCCAGUGCCCAGGAUGAUGGAGAAGCAACAAUGACUGGCAGUGACCCGUUUUAUGAUCGGUUCCAUUGGUUCAAACUUGUAGGAAGCUCCCCUAUUUUCCACGGCUGUGUGAAUGAGCGCCUUGCUGACCGUACGCCUUCCCCCACUUUUUCCACGGCCGAUUCCGACAUCACUGAGCUGGCUGAUGAGCAGCAAGAUGAAAUGGAGGACUUUGAUGAUGAGGCAUUCGUGGAUGACACUGGCUCUGACGCAGGGACGGAGGAGGGAUCAGAUCUCUUCAGUGAUGGGCACGACCCGUUUUACGACCGAUCCCCUUGGUUCAUUUUAGUGGGAAGGGCAUUUGUAUACCUGAGUAACCUGUUAUACCCAGUACCCCUGAUUCAUAGAGUGGCUAUUGUCAGUGAGAAGGGAGAAGUUCGGGGAUUUCUGCGUGUGGCAGUACAAGCUAUUGCAGCUGAUGAAGAAGCUCCUGAUUAUGGCUCUGGAAUUCGGCAGUCAGGGACAGCUAAAAUAUCGUUUGAUAAUGAAUAUUUUAAUCAGAAUGAUUUUUCUUCAGUUGCAAUGACUCGCUCUGGAUUGUCCCUUGAAGAACUAAGGAUUGUAGAAGGGCAGGGUCAGAGUUCUGACAUUAUUACUCCUCCAGAAGAAAUCAUUCGAGGAAAUGAGCCAGACUUAAAGUCAGGCACUUUGCUGGAUGGUAAAAUGGUGAUGGAAGGGUUUCCUGAAGAGGUUGGAGAUCAUCUGAAACUGGGCAGUGCAUUCACUUUCCGUGUGACCGUAUUGCAGGCCAGUGGUAUUCUCCCAGAGUAUGCGGACAUCUUCUGCCAAUUCAACUUCUUACAUCGUCAUGAUGAAGCAUUCUCUACUGAGCCCCUAAAAAACAAUGGCAGGGGAAGUCCUCUUGGCUUUUAUCACGUUCAGAAUAUUGCAGUGGAGGUAACUGAAUCCUUUGUGGACUACAUCAAGACCAAGCCUAUAGUAUUUGAAGUUUUUGGGCAUUACCAGCAACACCCUCUUCAUGUUCAAGGACAGGACCUUCACAGUCCUCCUCAACCUUCCCGGCGAUUCUUUCCUCCACCUAUGCCACUCUCCAAACCAGUACCAGCAACAAAGUUGAACACUAUGAGCAAAACAAGCUUGGGCCAGAGUAUGAGCAAAUAUGACCUUCUUGUUUGGUUUGAGAUCAGUGAACUGGAACCUACAGGAGAGUAUAUCCCAGCUGUGGUUGAUCACACUGCAGGCCUUCCCUGUCAAGGGACAUUUCUGCUUCACCAGGGCAUCCAGCGUAGGAUCACAGUGACCAUUAUCCACGAGAAGGGCAGUGAGCUCCAUUGGAAGGAUGUUCGAGAGCUGGUGGUGGGUCGAAUCAGGAGCAAAGCAGAGGUGGAUGAAGCUGCUGUUGAUGCCAUUCUCUCUCUGAACAUUAUUUCUGCCAAGUAUCUGAAGUCUUCCCACAACUCUAGCAGGACCUUUUAUCGUUUUGAGGCUGUGUGGGACAGCUCUUUGCAUAACUCCCUUUUACUGAACCGAGUGACUCCUUAUGGAGAGAAGAUCUAUAUGACUCUGUCUGCAUACCUAGAGCUUGACCAUUGCAUUCAACCAGCUGUAAUCACUAAGGAUGUUUGUAUGGUCUUCUAUUCGAGAGAUGCCAAGAUCUCACCACCACGUUCCCUUCGCAGUCUAUUUGGGAGUGGCUACUCCAAGUCCCCAGACUCAAACCGUGUAACUGGAAUUUAUGAACUCAGUUUAUGCAAAAUGGCAGACACAGGCAGUCCUGGUAUGCAAAGAAGGAGGAGAAAAGUUCUGGAUACAUCUGUGGCAUAUGUCCGGGGAGAAGAGAACCUAGCAGGAUGGAGACCCAGAGGAGACAGCCUGAUUCUUGAGCAUCAGUGGGAACUGGAGAAAUUAGAGCUUCUGCAUGAGGUAGAGAAGACUCGUCAUUUCCUGCUGCUCCGUGAGAAGCUUGGUGAUAGCAUCCCCAAAUCCCUGAGUGAUUCACUGUCUCCCAGCCUCAGCAGUGGGACCUUGAGCACCUCCACCAGCAUCUCUUCUCAAAUCUCCACCACCACGUUGGAGAGUGCAGUCACCCCAAGUGAGAGCAGUGGCUAUGAUUCAGCUGACAUUGAGAGUUUGGUGGAUCGGGAGAAAGAGCUGGCAACCAAGUGCCUGCAACUUCUCACCCACACUUUCAACCGAGAAUUUAACCAGGUGCACAAUAGCAUCAGUGACUGUAAGUUGUCUGAUAUAUCUCCAAUUGGGCGAGAUCCUUCAGUGUCCAGUUUCAGCAGUGCUACCCUUACCCCUUCAUCUACCUGUCCCUCUCUGGUAGAUUCAAGGUGCAGUUCAGUUGACCAGAAGACCCCAGAAGCUAACUCUCGGGCCUCAAGUCCCUGCCCAGAGUUUGAACAGUUCCAGUUGGUCCCAACAGUGGAGACUCCCUACUUGGCUCGAGCUGGAAAAAAUGAAUUCCUCAACCUGGUUCCAGAUAUUGAAGAAAUUAGACCUGGCUCAGUGGUCUCUAAAAAGGGCUACCUCCAUUUUAAGGAGCCAUAUUCCAGCAAUUGGGCUAAACAUUUUGUAGUCGUGCGACGUCCAUAUGCAUUCAUUUACAACAGUGACAAAGAUCCAGUGGAGCGAGGGAUUAUUAAUUUAUCUACAGCCCAGGUGGAAUACAGUGAGGACCAGCAGGCCAUGGUAAAGACAUCCAAUACCUUUGCUGUAUUCACAAAGCACCGUGGUGUCCUUUUGCAAGCUAUCAAUGAUAAAGACAUGAAUGACUGGUUAUAUGCCUUUAACCCACUCCUUGCUGGCACGAUACGGUCAAAACUCUCUCGCAGACGCACAGGUCCACUGAAGUACUAAGCAGAUGCUGCCGAACCCCCCUCGCCUUCAGACAGGGGAGAAAAGGGUCGUCACACAUCCUCUCUGUGCUUCUUGACGGUUUUCCUUGUACGUGCUCUUGUGACUUUACUGCUUCUUCCCCACCUUGCAGUUUUUCUAGCCCUUUUGUUCCCCCACUCUUCUUGCUCUGUCUUCUUUUCAUUUCUCCUAUGCUGAGAAUACUACUAGUAGCAUGUGGUCAAACAAAAGGAAAAAUGGGGAAAAGAGGGGAUCCAAUGAAUCUCUAAAUUAUUUUUGUUGGGGUAGAGGGUGUUCGUUUUGGAUUAUCGGUUAGCUCUUCUGACCACCUUUGGUGUCUGUACUGCUCUCUUGGGAUAUUUUUGUCUGUCUCUGAAAACUGCUUGUGACUUUUCUUCCCCAUUCCCAAUUUGUGGUGAGGUUGUUAACAGUUUUCCCCAGUGACCUCCAACCUAUGGAAAGAGGAAGGGAUCCAGCCCCUUUAUGACUUGGAUAAGGGGCCUUCCAAUGCCAGAAACCACAGUUAGAUCACUUUCUGUUUCUUUAUUUUUCUUCCUUUUUUGGCUCUGGUUUCUCCUUAAAUUUCUUUCCAGACAAAGCAGCUAUAAUGAAAAAUUGGACACCACUCAUUCUGAGAACUAGUUGGAGCUCACCUGGAAUGAGAUUCUGUAAUAGUUUAUUUGAUGGUUAGGGGUGUUGAGGAGAAAAUUAUUUUCAUAGGCUCUUCUGUUGGCAUCAGGUAAGGAUUGUAACAUAGGCUCCAAACCACAUGGGAUGAGAAUCGAUAGAUGAGUUUUCACCAACUCGUUCCUCUCUCCAGGUCCCACACAGCUGGAAAGACACAAUACCUGUGGGCCAUGGGACUGCUGAUUAGGAACCGGAAAGUAUCUCCUUAGGACCAGUCAUGUCCUGGGGCUGCCCUUAGGAAUCCAUGCAUUGCACUAGGAGAAUUUGCCAGAAGGGGGGAAGGUUUCAUUUGUGAUAAACGAUAAUUAUAAUAUUGUUGUUAACUGAUAAGAUCAUGAUUGACCCAAGAAAACUAUCAUCACCAAGAGUGGUAAUCAAGCAGCCCUGCCUUUGACCAGAUUGGCCUUCAUCCAAGAGGAGGAAUUACAUUUCCUCUGUACCCCUGUGGACUUCUAGCUUUAUUUUGCAGGUCCCAGAGUUGAGAUAGCCGAAACAAAAUCUCCUCUGGGGUGUGUGUGUGUAUGUGUGUGUGUGUGUGGGCAUACAAAGGAAGAGAAGAGAGUGUAUAUGCCUGAACUCAUGAGUUUGGUGUCAUGUUUUUCCUUCACUUGGAGAGAAACCAUUUCUUCUUCUGUGUUCUCUCCUCUCUUCUGCUCUAUGCCUUUCUUCUCCAGAGGGUUAGCAGGUCCUGCUUAGAACAGAAAAGUUCCCCACUGAAAAAGGAGAAGGCUGCUACUGGGCAAGGGCAUCCUCCCCUCUAGGUAACCACUUCUGCUUCAGAGGGACAGUCCCUGGAGAGGACCACGGCUUUGUUCAGAUGUUAUCCCUAUGUGCUGUUUUUUUCAUUGGCCAUUGAGUGUUAUGGAAAUGACAGAAAAAACAAAGGUCUCCAGGUUCCCGCCAUUAAUUGAUUGGAUGGCUGGAGAGGUUUAUGCCAUUCUCUGCUUUCUUCCAAAGUAGCCCCUCACUUCCACCAUAGCCUUGCUGAAAGUCCCUGCCCCGAGAUUUUGGCCUGGAGGUGGAUGGCAUCCCCAGCAGGGCACAGCACAAGCCAGAGAAGUCAGCGAGAGCAUUGGUCACCAGCUGAGCGGGCUGUUCAUCACCCAGUUAGGUCUCGUCCCUUCAGCACCAGGUUCCCUGGCAUCAUUCCCACAGCUGCCCCUCAGUUAUGGUGAUGAGCAUCAUAAGAAGAACAGGAAGGCAGAGAUUGUAACAUGUUGGGCCCUGGAAAGAGCUGAAAUCUCUUAUUGGGGGUUCUUUCCACUCUCCUUCUCUCCCCUCCCCUCCCUUCCCCUCAUUGGUUCUCUUAGCUGUUUGUGGAAUUUUUACUGCACUCAGAUGUUUCUUUAUUAUCUCUGUAAUGGACACAACAUGGUACAAACCAGGCUCUGCUCAUGCCGUGGAUGGCUUCCUGGGUCGAAGUUCAUCUGGCUUACUGAUGAAUGAAGAACAAAGUGGAGACUCACUUAGGCCUUAUGCAAUAAGGCUGAGGCUCUUGUGAUGCCCAACUCAAGAGGGCACGUCUGUCACAGAUGUGGGUGAAAGGCCGAGAGGCAGUGAAAUCAUGUGGCACACUCAAGUAACUUGAGUUUAGUUUAAUUUGGUUUUGUUUUUGGUUUAUUUCUUAAGUAGGAAAAAACUAGAUGGGAAAGUCUUUGCUUUGGAUAAGUCAUGAGAAAACACAUUUAACUGAAUUAGAGGAAUGACACCAUCCUGUGUCGGGGACUAGAACAGAUGCAUGGCUUCUUCUUAUCCCUAUUAAAAGUUACUUUGGGCCCUCCUACCUUUUCUUUAAGGGACCCAUUUUGUGUCUUGAGGCUCAAACUUGAGGAACUUUGCUCAUACCACCUAGGUCCCCAGGAAACACGAUUGUAUGAUGCUUUGAGUAGACAAAUCCAACUGUACUCACACAGUGGGAAAUGUAGAGUGAUUUUAAGUUAUUUACUUUUCACAAGGCGAUACUAAUUAGCCUUUGAGCCUCUAAAAAGCACCCUGAGAAUUAAAGGGGAAUGUGUGAUGGUUAAAAAUCAAGCACUCUUCCCUCUCUUUUCAUUUGCUCACACCUCCUUUCCCUUUAGAAAGCAACAGUUGUGUUAAAAAAAAAAAAAUUCGACCUGAUUUUGUGCAGCCUACUUGAGAGUCAGCCAGCUCUCAGGGCAGGGACCAUGUCAGGGGCCAGCCAACCCACUGACUAUGGCCACCAGCAUAGAGUAGGCCACUAGGCCAGAAAUCUCAGGAGUAACCUGGAAUUCUUAGUUGUUUUUUAAAUUAUUUCAUUAUAUCAAAAAUGAUUGUAUCCUAGCCAAGAAACAACUACCCUUAACAUUUGUGGUUUUUCUGCAGCUACAUGAAAGUUAUGGACUACUUAACACUUUUUUCCCCUAUUCUAUGAUAAAAGGAAAGGAAAUAAAAUCAUUGCAAAAGGUCUUUUUCAGGCCCCUCUCUCCCCUCCCCUCCCAAAAUAGUGACUUUCCUGGCACAUAUUUCAAAGCAAAGACUUUGCUGCCUGCUGCUUAUUAUCUAAUUUACAGGGAUAUUUAAUUUUGUUUUAUAAUGUAUUGUAUAUUUACACAUCUGUAAUUAAUUGCACGUUAGCUGGGGAAAAAAAAAAAAAGAUUAUCCAGAGGUUAACACUGUUUGGUGUUCUGUGUUUGACUCCUACUGCCUGCCCAUCACUCUGUUUCUAUUGUAUAGCACCAGUUCUUCCGUUCUUGUGGGCCUUUGUCUUUCCUUUUAGUUUUGUUCUCUUUUUAAAGGCCAGUUGUUAACCUGCUUCUUAAAAAGAGACUAAUGCUGCUGUUCUCGGAAGGUUUGCUGAAUGAAUGUAUUUGAAAUAGGACUCUAACUUGUGUGCAUUGCAUCUCUCCACUGUGGAUACUAAUUAAUUACUCAAUAUUCCAAACCAUUACUGUAUGUAGUGGGAAUGUAUUAACUUUGUGCUUCCUUGUUAAAUGGAAACAUCAGCUGUUCAGUAGAAAGAGAGUUUUGUUGUUCAAAAGGCCAUUUGUGAAAUUUUGGUCCAGGCCCUGUAAGAAAUUUAGGAAAACUGUCAAUUACUUAAGAAAAAGAAAACUUCCGUACCUGAUAUUAAGUCUCUCUCCAAAACCUACAGCCAAACAGCUGUGCUCAGAUGGAAAGCUAGAGUACUGUUGGUGUUUCACCACAUCUUUGCUGCUGUCUCGUUUUCUCAUGUCUGGCAUUAAUUGACCUACACGAUUCCAUCAACACUCAUGUGUUUUGUGUAUUUUAGAUGUUGUUGCUAAAAAUGCUGUUACCCUUAUACCCACCUCCCAUUGCCAUCCUCUCAUCCAGCAACAAAAACCAUAAAGCAUAAGUGGCCUUCUUGAACCAAUACUUUGCAAACUGAUCUCUCCCCAGUGAAGGAAUCAAGCACAUUAGCAAUGAUGUACAUUAUUAAUUUCAGAUUUUCAUUUCAUGUUUUAUUUUGUAAAUAUAUCUGAUGUUUGGAGCUUCAGUAUACAAAAUGUAAAUAUAGUUCAUGUAUUUGUACUAAUUCUGAUUCAUUUGCUGUAUAGCCUUAGAUGUGCAAUGCAGACAUUCAAUAACUGUGUAUGGUAACCUUGCACCAUGGAACUGUUAGUGAACGAGGUAAAAUAAUAAAGGUACAACCAGUGCAUUCGG